UGAACACUGAACAGCAUCUCGUUCUGUUCGACCUUGGAAGCAACACCCUGUCAACACAAGGAUAAAGCAGUGCACUCUGCUCCUGCAAUAAAAUUACCUCUGAUCAGUGUAAUGGCAAGAGGAGAGGGAGUUGAGCAGUUCUCAUCAUCCGGUCUGUUUCCUACAUCCAAAACCGUACAUCAAGACGGAAUCAAAAUAGCUAAGCUCUCACCGCAGCAGGAGAGGAAAAGACCUCUGACUGUGUGGAGUAAGGUGUGUUUUGCAAUCGGAGGGGCUCCGUAUCAGAUCACAGGCACCGCCCUGGGCUUCUUUCUGCAAAUCUUCUUGCUUGAUGUGGCGCUGUUGGAUCCCGUCUAUGCUUCUGUGAUCCUGUUUGUGGGUCGGGCCUGGGAUGCUGUGACUGAUCCUACAAUUGGGUUUUUAGUAAGCAGAACCCCAUGGACACGACACGGACGCAUGAUGCCCUGGAUUCUGGUGUCCACCAUACCAGCUGUAUUGUGUUAUUUCCUGAUAUGGGUGGUUCCGCCUAUAGAGCAGGGAAAGAUUAUGUGGUAUCUGCUCUUCUACUGUCUCUUCCAGACUCUCCAGACAUGCUUUCAUGUGCCGUAUUCUGCACUGACCAUGUUCAUCAGCACCGAGCAGAGGGAGCGAGAUUCAGCCACAGCGUACCGUAUGACUAUAGAGGUGUUUGGUACAGUAAUUGGCACUGCCGUCCAGGGGCAGAUUGUAGGCAUGGCCAACGUCCCCUGCAUUAACAACACAAUCCUGAGCAACAGCUCCAAUCACUCUGUGCAUGGCAAUAACUCUCAGAUCUUAAUGGACUAUAGAAUAUUGAAUGAGAGGCGUGCAUAUAUGAUUGCAUCUGCAGUCAUAAGUUUGAUCUACGUUCUGUGUGCUGUUGUGCUGUUUUUUGGAGUAAGAGAGCAGGACAAUCAGGGUGGUUUAAAAGCACAAAAGCAUGUGUCGUUUCAGACCGGUCUGCGGCUGGUAAUAGGUCACGGGCCGUAUGUGAAACUGGUGCUGGCCUUCCUCUUCACUUCUCUGGCCUUCAUGCUGCUGGAGGGAAAUUUUGCUUUGUUCAUCAAAUACACACUGGGAUUCAGAGAGGAUUUUCAGAACAUCUUACUGGUCAUCAUGCUGUCUGCCACUCUUACCAUUCCCAUGUGGCAGUGGUUCCUAUGCCGAUUUGGGAAAAAGACUGCUGUAUACAUUGGCAUCACAUGGGCGGUGCCUUUCAUUAUCCUGGUGGUGUGUGUAAAGAGUAGUCUCAUCGUGUCCUACAUCGUAUCCAUCGCAGCUGGUGCCAGUGUGGCAGCGGCCUUCCUCCUGCCCUGGUCCAUGCUUCCAGAUGUGGUAGAUGAUUUUAAAGUCCAGAAUCCUACCUCUCAAGGCCAUGAGGCUAUUUUCUACUCCUUCUACGUUUUCUUCACCAAAUUCGCCUCUGGAGUGUCGCUUGGAGUAUCAACACUAUCAUUAAGCUUUGCAGGUUAUGUGACGGGAGUUUGUGUUCAGUCUGAUUCUGUGAAUCUGACAUUGAAGAUGUUGGUGGCGGCUGCUCCUGUGGCACUUAUAGCUCUGGGGCUGCUCAUCUUUAAAACAUAUCCCAUCGAUGAAGAACGCAGGCAGAACAACAACAAACUGCUCCAGUUGCUGCUGCUGAGUGAAGAACAAGAGUCUGAGAUGGAGGCAUUGAAGCCUGAUAUCACAGCAUGAAAUGCCAGCGUGACUGUUCCUGCUCUGGCCUACAGAGGGUGCCAAAAUACAUCUUAACCACUGCAAUGAGAGAAAUCCUAUCAGCUGAGCUUUCAGAGACAGAACUUUCCUCACUCAGCUGGUUAACCGACCAAUGAGGGAUGGAGGGGAACCCUUAUAUAUCUGCACUGCUGUUAUGACAGCUACUUAUUUAUACAACCAUAACAACUAUUUGCUGCUUUCAGUAACAGUUUCAGCUCUCCCUGGCCAACAAAGGGAGACUUG